AUGAAAACAACAAAUAAACGAAAAUUAGAGAAAUAUUAAUAUUUUCUUUAAGUAACCUUAAAAAUCGAAACUUAGUUAAAGAAAUCGCUAAAUACAAUGAAAACUAAACAAAAAAACUAAUAUAAACGAUAUCUGUGAAUAAAAUCUACCUAAACUUUAGAAUGAUUUCAUCUGAGAGAAGCCUUCAACUUAGUAAAAGCUUUAAUUUUCGAAUAUUUAACAUAAUAAUUAUGAAAAAUUGGUUUAACUUUAAUUAAGAAUUUACGUUAAUUAGAGGAAUUUGACAAUUAUGAAAGAUAUAUGAAAGAAAGUUGUUUUGUUCCUUG